UAUUUUUUUGAUCCUAAAUUCUCAUCUUUUUGGACGAGGUAAGUAAAUUAUUGUGUAAAUUCGUUAUCCUUUCUCCAUCUCAUGUUGAAUUUCUAGUUUAGGGUUUUAAUUUUCUUCCCCAAUUUCUGUGUAUGAAAUUUUUAGGGUUAGAAAUGGCGAACAACUUGUUGAAUAAGCUGUGUAUGGACGAAGAAGAUCCUAUGCUCAAUUCCGUAGUGCGAUGCAAACAUGGCAUUUUGCUGAAAAUGCAGACUUCUUGGUCUGAUCGCAAUCCCGGAAGGAGAUUUUGGUCUUGUCCUCACUAUGAGCCAAUGAAGUGCAAUUUUUUCAGAUGGAGAGACACGGAGAGAGUUGAUCAAAGAUCAAGGUUUAUUAUUCCAAGAUUGGUGAACAAAAUCAAAGAGUUAGAAGAAAAUUACGAGCAUGUUCGGGUGCAUUUGCAUGAGCUUGAAAGUCUUAAGAUGAAAUAUGAUAAUGUCGACAUGAAUUCACUUGAACCUAAGGAGAAAAUUCAGUUGGAUGAGGUUGAAAGUCUUACCCUUCAAUAUGAUAAUCUCAACAUUAGUGAGUUGAUUGAGCUUCAAGAGUCAAAUGAAGGAGGUGAGUUGAUUGAGCUUCAAGAUUCAAAUGAAGGAGGUGAGUUGAUUGAGCUUCAAGAUUCAAAAGAGGAGGAGGAUGGAUUGAAUGAGUUUGAAGAUACAAAAGAGGAGAAGGAUGAUUUGAAUGAGCUUGAAGAUUCAAAAGAGAAUAAUUUGAAAGAAGGAUAUGACAGAAAAAAGAAAAGCAAAGGUGUUGGUUUAAUAGAAACUUACUUUGGUGUUUGA